ACGGCCUUUGCAGGCCCAGCCUGUGCCUUUUGGCGGCCUCUCCAGGCCCUGAACUUCCUCAGGCCGGCCCCUCCAGGCCCAGUUGCGGCCUCUCCAGGCCCAGCUCCUCCUGCCGGCGGCCUCUGCAGGCCCACGCUGGCCUCGAGUCUCGGCCUCUCCAGGGCUCGCUCGCUCCUCCUGCCUGCCACUGGCCUCUUGAGGCCCAGCCCCGCUCACGCCUCUGGGCGGGCUCCUCAGGCCCAGGACUUGACCUCCGUUCGGCCUCGCCAGGUCCAGCCUCCUGCCUCCCGAAGGCCUGUACAGGCCCAGCCUCUGUCUCUCAACGGACUCUCCACGCCCAGCUCUCGCCUGACUGCGGCCUCCCCAGGCCAGAGCUCCUCUUGCCUUUCGGCAGCUCCGCCGCGCCCCGCUCCUGUCUCCCAGUGGCCUCGUUAG